AUGGACGGGUCUAAUAAGAUAGGUAUCAGCUUAGUGGGCAGCGGGAAUGGCAGAAUUCCGCUUGUCUUCGACAUCAACGACAUCAAGAAACUUCGCGAUAUCGGGGUUGCUGGAAUCUUAAGCGGGACUUUGCCCUCUGCUGCGCAACAAAAUGGCUUCCUUAGCGUGCCGCUGCGAUUGAUGGUCGAGGAAGCGCUGUGGCUGACAGAAACUGGAGUGGCUUUCUUCAUUAGCGGGCCCGAAAGUGUCACCACUGCUGCCGAAACCGUGACUUCAAGUGAGAUGGAGCGCGCGCGUCAAGAGCUGGAACACUCUUUCGCCGAGCAACGUGUGUUCAAACGACAGCAGCAUGCGGAAAAAAUGGCAAGAUUGGGUUUGUCCAAUGCCGAAGGUAAGGAAACUCCGGCUUUGUUGGAGUCGUCGCUGUUCGUGGAGAUACCGAGUGCCUCGAGCCUAAUCUCAAAUGAAGCGAAGCGCCAGGGCAAUGACCCAGCGCAGCAACAAAAACUAUGGCAUAAGCUUAAAGACGGUUGCACAAACCCCGGCGACUAUCGUGUUUACAAGGCGCUGAAGCAGCAAAAUUAUUUUCUGUCGCCAGGUGCCAGGUUUGGUGGUAGAUUUAUAGCUUACCCAGGGGAUCCGCUCAGAUACCACUCUCACAUGACUGUGCAACCGGCACUAGACUACAGACGUGAUCCAUUGAAUCUACUGCAAGUGGUUAGCGGAGGCCGGCUCGGAACAGGUGUGAAGAAACUAUGGGUUGUGGCCGGUGUGAGGGCGCACGAAGAGCAGGAAGAUAUCGAGAGUGACGUCUCAUUCUUUUCUAUUGAGUGGGCAGGUUUUGGCUAA